AUGUGGGGCUUCAUGCGGGUGCUUCAUGGGCUGUUGCCGCUGGCAGUUGAGUCCUGGUGGUGUGAGACCAGUGCUCUCACCGGUUGCCGCGGCCACCCAAGGCACUUUGUCUCGGAGACAGCAAAAGGUGAGGUGGACAAGUUCAAGGCCUUUGAACAAUUUCCAAUUGGAUGGCCCGAGCAACAUAUUUUCGUGGAUUGGGAUGAAGAUGAUGAUCUUGAUGUCAUAAAGUCAACUUCUGAAGGCUUGGACUUGUUUGAGCAAGGAGAUCCAGGAUAUUUUGUGAAGAAAGAGCCCAGUCCUUUCAAAGAUGCCAAUGCCGAGCAUAGACCUUUGUGUUUUCCCGAAGUUCUUGACAUCAACGGCGAUGGCAAGCUGGAUAUGCUUCUUGCAAAUAAUAUAGGGGUGAAGUACUAUGAGAACAUUGCUCGCCUUGAAGAAAAAACUGGAAAGGACAACCACUUCCUGGGCAUUGGUGGUAUUUCUCGCUGCGGCCAUUUGAGCGUGGCCGACUGGGACCAGGAUGGCCGAUUGGACCUUCUGAUUGCCGACUUGGCGAACCCCAUGCGCCACUUCCGCCAGGACGCAGAGGGCCAGUUCCGGCUGGUGGAUGACAGCCCUUUGCUGCGUGUAACGGCAAAUCGCACGCUCUUCCGGCGGCCUCUAAUGGUUGACUGGAACAAGGAUGGAAAGAUGGAUUUGAUCCUGGUCGAACAGCCUUUCAGGCGAGGAUAUAUCGCCAACGUACUUGCAGAAGAACAUGGAAUUACCCCUGCGCCGGAUUCCUCCACAUGCGAAGCGCUUAUCUUUCUUCAGGAUGAGACAGGGGGUCUCUAUGAAAGCACUGCGCCCAAGGGCGUCCUGCAGAACAAGGCUUGCAAGUACAGUGCCAUCGCCUUGGUGGAUGUGGAUGGAGACAAGGACUUGGAUGUCAUUUUGCUUCCCUCCUCCUUGCUGGGUGUUCGCACCUUCGAAAUUUACGAGCACCUGGAGAACCAUUCCCUAGCUCUUCCCAGGCACGAUGAGGCCACUUCUUUCCCGCUGAGCCAGAUCAAAUUCAGCAACCAGGGUAUAGCGGCGCUGACUUCGAAAUAUCGUCCUUAUUUGGCGGAUUGGGAUUCGGACGGAGAUCUGGAUCUGGCUCUUUUGACGAAUGGUUUUGGCGGGGGCCCCCGCUUCUUCCGGCACGAGGCAGACGAUCGUGUCAGUGAGGUGUCGACGCCCAACUCCACCUGCGGGCUGAACUUCAGUUUUUCCUUCAGUGCCACCGACUUUGAUGGCGAUGGCCAGCUGGAUCUGCUGGGUGUCUACGAAAGUUGGUCGGGAAUUCGGGAGAGCUAUGAAAUCAUGGUUUGUCUCCAAACUGCUGCUGGUUACGUGCAGCUGGAGCAGGAGAAGAACCCAUUCUACCCCUUGAGGCUGCACGGUGCGUGUACCAUUCAGCCCAAGCACAACUUUUUGGACUGGGAUUCGGAUGGGGAUGUGGACCAAAUCUGCCUGGACUUCCAUGGCCUCUUGCAUUUCGUGGAGCAGCUUCCCAAUGGCAGCGUUGUGAGGCACCAAUUGCCUGUGCCCCAGGCGGAGGACUAUGUGGCAGCGGACUUUGAUGGAGAUGGAGAUAUUGAUCUCCUGCUGGUUGUUUCAGGGAGUAGAGGUUGGAAGUAUUAUGAGAGAAGAGAAGACGGAAGUCUUGAUGAAUUGCUUGGGAACGAUAACCCUUUUCACAGCUCGGUAUGGCACUUGGUAUUUCCUGCAGAGCAGACCGCCUUUGGUGUGGAUGGCGUCUACGCAGCCCUGGCUGAUUGGAAUGGAGAUGGUGCUUUGGAUCUAGUAGCCACGAAUGUGAAGUCGGUGUUUUUGUUCUUGAACACACCACUACGGGCCUUUGUCGAGCACGAUGGAAGAGACAGUCCAUUUUCAGGGAUCCAUGUGAAGUCAUCUUCCGAUGCAGAGUGGACCAUGGUGGAUGUUGACGGAGAUGGAGAUUUGGACUUCGUAUUUUUGCCAAAGGGCAGAACUGACCUGGCCAACCUUUCAAUUCUUGACAAUGCUGGUCUUGGUGGCCCAGCGCCAUAUCAGUACUUUGAGCAGUUGGAGAAUGGAGAGCUGGCAAAGCGGGAGGGUGCUGCCAAUCCACUGUUGGCGGCGCCACGCGCUUGGCAAAUGUAUGGAGGCCAUGUUCCGUUUAACCAGCAAACGCAGAUAGGCAGAACUCACAUGGUGGCUGAUGUUGAUGGCGAUGGAGACGUCGACAUAGUGCAUUCCUUCACAAAGGGCUUUGCAUACGCCGAGCAACGGAACGGGAGUUUUGUCGUCUUGAAAUCCUAUGACAACCCGUUUUACCAAGGUUUGGCUUCCCUCUUUGAAGAUUCUAUGUUGGACUGUUGGACUCUCGUUGACUUUGAUGGAGACGGAGACUUGGACCUGGUGAAAACUACGCCAGUCGACCGAAAGGAUCUCCUCAGCCUCAGCAUACGGAAAGUGCUAUACUAUGAACAGGAGUCGAACUCCAGCUCUAAUCGGAGUGGAAAAUUUCAUCGACGUGAUGGAAAAGACAACCCUUUUUGGAGCGUGGAUUUGGCAGCCUUGCCUCACAAAAAAGGUUUGGGUGAUUUUUGUCCUCAUGUGGCUGAUAUCGACCAAGAUGGCGAUCUGGAUUUGAUCCUGGUCUAUGAGACUAAACCUUUGUUCCUGUACUAUCGGCAGCAGAAUGGAAGCUUCCAGUUGGCAGCAGAGGAUCCCUUUGCCGAUAUAUCCAUUACUAGAGAGGGUGCCAUUGGAAAAUCGGGGGGGCUGAAGGUCCAGUUUGCUGAUUGGAACGGCGAUGGUAUGGUCGAUAUGGUUGCAUCAGGAAACACGAGGCUGCAACACUUCACGCAGGGCAUAUGCUUUGCUAAGAGCGCCUGCAACCAAUUUGGCUGCGACACGAAGACAGGUCGAUGUGAAUGCCCCACCGGUUCAAACAGCUCCGAGUGUCGCAUCUGCACUGACUACCACACGCGGCAGGAUGCCAUGUGCCGCAGCUGUCCGGGCUUUGGAAGCGCUUCAGGCACUUGCACCCAUCGGGGCAUCUGCGACGACGACGUCGACGCGCGCCAGCGCCAGGCUGCAAAGAAUGUCUCGGGCUUUGGCCACGCCGGGGCCACCGGCUCUGGGCAGUGCACCUGCGCCGCGCCCUUCACUGGCGCGGCCUGCGAGUUUGGCGAGUGUCCACCAGGGCACCGCCUCCACCGAAAUGCUGAGGUAAGCAACGCCACCGAGAAGUACCCGCACUGGCAGGCCUGCGCCCCGUGCCAGCUGGGGCGUUACAAGAAGACCAGUGGCAACCAGGAGUGCGACCUCUGCCCAGAAGGCUUGGUCCCGGAUGCCAAUCGCAGCAGCUGCGUGCAGUGCCCUCUGGGCCUCUUCCCAACGAACUUGAGCAGUUGCGGGAAAUGCCCUGCAGGUUCCGUUGCAGCCCUCGGGGCCUCGCACUGCACACCCUGUCCAGCGGGCACGUCCCCGAACGCGGACCGCAGCGAGUGUGUGAGAUGUGAUGAUGGUCAGGAGUGCCGGAGGUGUACCUUUCCAGCCAUGGUCUUGGGGGUGGAAAAUUGGUGCACUUCCCUGCACUUCUUCCUCUUCCUGUUGGCCUUCCUUCUUUUGGCCCUGCUGAUGGCGGUGAUCUUUGGGAAAUGCCGGCUGGAGUGCUUCAAGAGGCACCUCGAAACGUUGGUGGAGCGGCAGGAGUGGUGCCAGCUCUAUGCUACCAAGACCUCUGCCUUGGAGUUCGGCAUUUGGCGCCCGGCGGCCCAGGGAGCCUUGGAAACGCAGAAGGCGGAGGUGAAGACGAGAUCCUUUCAGCUGGGCAUCUCUUUGCAGUACGUCUUUGAGGAGCUGAAGGCCAUUUACCAAGAGAAGGCUCUUGAAGCCGAGUGGCGCCUCGACACUUUUGGUCCAGCCACCAGGAGCAGCUACUUUGUGAAUCUCCGUAACAGGGGCGAAGAUGUUCCCGACAGAGAAGCGGCUUGGAACGAUUUGUUGGAGUGCCCUGCGUCGGAGGACCCCAACUUUCAUCAGGUGGCAGGUCUGAUGGCCUAUGGUCCGUUAGCGCUGGGUAAGGACCAGUACUGCCCUCGUGAUGGUCGGCUGGAUUGCAGCAUCGUGGAUGCCUUGGAAGCGAGCCAGCGCAGUGGUAGAGCCACAUGGUUCCUCUCCUGGGUUUGGAGCUACAAAUUUUCCACGGUCUUGGGUGCCCUCCGGCGCUGGUGGAACAGGCAUCAUGACGCCACAGGAGACGUCUGUGGCGAUGUCUAUAUCUGGUGGUGCGUGAUGGUGAACAACCAGUUCCGAAUGUUGGAAGAGGGCCAGACAGCAGAGGCCACGAAUCUCUUCGAUGUUUUCGGUCGGCAGCUGGCGGGCAUUGGCAAAAUGUUGAUGUGCUUGGACAAAAUGAAAGGAGGGAACAAGCCCAAAAAGAGAAAGAAAGAGCGCAAGACACAGGAAGGUGACAAUGGUGGUGAGGGCCUUGGCCACAGGAAAAGAACGCUGCAGCUGCGCCUGCUACAGGCGCCACGCAGCCUGGUGAUGUUCAAGCUGAUGCACACCAUCCCCACCACUGCGAUCUUACCACAGCUGGAUCUGGACGAGGACGGCAUCGAAACCCUGCAGGAACUCGCCAGGCAAUGCCGGGUGGAUGCGCAGAGCGCCGAAGCGACCGUCAAGGAGGAUGCAGUGGCCAUCAAGCAACGCAUCAUGGAGGACCAGGGAUCCUUCAAGUUUGUGAACCAGACGGUGGAAAAGGAACUUUGGUGCGAAGUCAUAAGAUUCUUGGAGGGCUCCGACGACUCCAAUCCCAUCACCGGCAGCGGGCCCAGCGCAGCCAGCGCGGUCAGCGCGGCCAGGGCGGCCAGCGGGGCCAGCGGCUCCGAGAACGCGCCCACGUGCGGCAGCGGGUCGUCGGAGGAUGAGACCUCGACGGAGAUGCGCGUCGCGAAGUUCAACCUGGUGAAGCAACCCUUUGGCAUUUUUCCGGUGAUCCUGAUGUGGCCACCAGACUGGUUGCAAGACAGGGAAAAUUGCGAAGGCCGAGUUUGUGAUGAUUUGCCAGUAGCUUCCAUUGGCAAGGAUGACAAAGGCUCCUGGGCUACAGCGGCCCUUAAGGAGUAUCCGCCGGCGUAUUGCCGUGCACUUGCCU